AUGUCGUGGCUUCUCGGUUUAAGUCUGCUGUGGCUUGGGCUCCUGUUGGUUCCCUUCUCCUAUGAGCUGAACCAAGAGAUCAGCAGAGCCAGGAAGCUGUGCGGCAGCCACCCGUUGAAAGAAAUAGUAAAACCCUGUGGCAGUGCUGACUGGAGCCAGUUCCAAUUUGAAGAAGAAACCUCUUUGGCACAAUUGGUUCCCCAGGCCACUCCGAAAGUUGAAGCCCUUGGCCUCGAGCAGUUCAAAAGACCCGAAAUGCCUUUCCCGGUGUUGGGAGGAGUCACAAAUCCAGCCUCUACUUCUGCCUCUCAGGAAGAAGCAAUAAACAGUUGGAAGAGACAGUCAUUGCCUGAGUAUCAGUAUAAAAAGACCAACUUGCUCCUUGAUAAGACAAGAAAAUUUUCUUCAUCACACGAUGUCGAUCCAUACAUUCACAAAAGUGUUAAAUUUCAGAAGAAAAGUAGAAACAAAAUUAAUGCUUUAAGCAAUACAUGUUGGGGGAAUCAUCCUCAAAGGAAACGCAGAGGACACUCAGAUAAAUGUUGUCUUAGGGGAUGUACAAAAGAAGAACUUGCCAUUGCAUGUUUUCCAUAUACUGAUUUUUAAAACAAUGAUAAAAAGGACUAUCACUUGUGCUUCAGAUAUAUUAAUCAUCAUAAGAACUAUACAUACUUAAUAAAAGCUCACUUUUAAAAAAAAAUUACUUCCAAUAUGUGAGAGGUAAAGUGUAGUAAUUUUGUGAUUCUCUCAGUUUUGUUUUGGUUUUUUUUUAGGUUGUCUGACAUGGCAUAGGCAGAUGAUUACAUUUUCACUGAAUAUUAUUUUUUCAUAUAUAAUAAUGUAUUUUGCUACCCUCAUUACUGUUAUGCUUUCCAGUCCACCACUGAAGAAUGAAGCAGGCUUGGCUUACUUCUUUUUUUCUUGAGGUCUCUUCUGUUUUUGUAUCCAAGGAAACUUGCUUGUUAACACGAAUGGAGUAGUGCUAAAUCAUUUAUGGUUUUGUUUUCGGCUCGGAUGAGUUUACAUAUGAUGCUGACCUCAUUUACCUAACUGAUACUGAAACUAACCUCCAAAUUUAGGUGAUCCAGUGAUAUUUGGAGAAUGGCCAUGGAGUAGGGCUUCAGUUGACAUUUCUCAAUUACAGUUUUCUACUUCUAAUGAUAUUUUUAGUUAUUUAAAUUUGUUAAACAUUGAUCCAUUUCACUUGGGUAUU